CACACACACACGCAGCGGGGUCACAGCGUCUCGGGCUCCCCGCAGUGGACUGGCCUUGCUUGGAGCUCGCGGGGCGGAGGAGGGGGCUGCGAGGGCGGAGCAGCAGGUGACGCUUCCGACAUCCCGCCCACCAAGUGGCCGCCCGGGCUCCGCGCGCCGCCCCGCGGUCCAGAGCUGCGCCCCGGCAAGCCAGCAUGGAGAGGCGGGUGUUCUGGAGACGCUUCUGUUGUCUGUCUCCCUCCAGCCUGAUUUGGGGCAUGGCAGCGGUGGCGCUGUGCACUGCACAAGUGGCUACCCAGGAUGAAAGACAUCUGCUGAACACACCUGCAUCCUUAAGAUGUUCUCUGCAAACUUCCCAGCAAGCCGUAAUUGUGACAUGGCAGAAAAAGAAGGCUGUAAGCCCAGAAAACAUGGUCACCUACAGUAAGACCCACGGGAUUGUGGUCCAGCCCGCCUAUAGGGACAGGGUGAACAUCACCGAACUAGGACUUCAGAAGUCAGCCAUCACUUUCUGGAAUGCAACACUGGAAGAUGAAGGGUGUUACAUGUGUCUCUUCAAUACUUUUGGCUCUGGAAAGAUCUCAGGAACAGCCUGCCUUACCCUCUAUGUACAGCCCAUAGUAUUCCUUCACUACAAUUUCUUUGAAGAUCAACUAAACAUCACUUGCUCUGCCACUGCCCGCCCGGCGCCUGUGAUCUCCUGGAAGGUUGCCGGGACAGGGAUUGAUAAUAGUACUGAGAGUGUUUUGCAUCCUAAUGGGACCACAUCUGUCACUAGCAUCCUCCAGGUCAGAGAUGCCAAGAGUCAGGUUGGGAAGGAGGUGAUCUGCCGGGUGCUGCACUUGGGGGCUGUGACUGACUACAAGAAAACUCUGAACAAAGGCUUUUGGUUUUCAAUUCCAUUAUUGUUAAGCAUUGUUUCCCUGGUAAUCCUCCUCGUCUUAAUCUCAAUCUUAUUAUACUGGAAAUGUCAUCGGAAUCAGGACCGAGCGUUCCACAAGCCAGAUGCCUAUUUAAGAGACUGUGAAAUUGUUCAGUAUGAUCACUCAUUAAAUAGCACUUCCUCUGUUACACCCCCAUGAUGUCUCAAACGCUAUCGGCAACAUACAGAGCCGUACAGGACGUACACAGAACCAUGAAAGAUUUUCCCUGGUCUACUUGAAUUUGAAGAAAGAGCAAAGCAGGAAGAAAACAGGUCAUUCUGCAGUGGAUCUAGAAGUGCAAACAAGGCAGAAGCAAAUGUUUUAAGAAAACUACGACUUUUUACAACCAUUUAAGCUACGCAGUGUUUGAAUUCCAGCAUGAAGUCAUUUGUCUGUCAGGUCUGUUGUAGGACUUGAUUUUGCAAAGCAGUGCAGCACUGAUAUGGAAAGGGCACUGGACUCAAAAUUUGGAGCGCUGAGCUCACAGGCCGACCAAGGCUCCAAUAGGUGGGAACCCGACGCUAGUGACUUUACCUCAAUGAGCUUACAUGUCCAUACCCUGAAUAGAAAGGAGUUAGACCAAAUAAUUUACAGCUCUCAGAAUAGAUGCAGUUAUGGGCAAACAAGAGAAGCCAAGGAAGAUGUGAAAAGAGAGAAGAAUACAAUAGGGUCUGAAGAACCUUUCUGAGGCUACCUUUUGCCUUCUGCUGGUGUUCUGUCUCUUGUAUGUCUCUUCUUUGUUCUUAGGUCAGUGAGUCUGUUUCCCCGGGAUUUGUCAGUUAGUCCAAUCCCUCCCUGCUCACUGUUUUGCUAAUUGGUGACCUUGCUAGAACCCUUGGAUUCCCUGCCAGUCUUCAUGUGCUUCAUUAUUUUGUCAAGGACAGGAUGUAUCUUGAAAUAACAUUGACAGCCGUAUCUAUUUAACUUAUUUUUAUAGAAGGAUAAAUAUUGUUAGGGUUAGACAAUAACUCACAAUUGAAAAGAAGCAUGCUUCCCUGUCUUUUUGUCUCAUAAUAUGACCCCACCCCUGUUUUAGGUCAUUCUGAAGUCAGCCUAAUAUAAUGAAAAUAUAUUAUGAAAACAUUUAAGAGAUUUCCCUGUAUAGCUGUCAGCCAAUUCAUGUUUUGUCUCCCCUGGCUUCUUUGUACAUGAGUUAACUUUUCACAGAAGUGGAAGAGGUAAAUAUGACCAUACAUUCCCUUUGUUUUAAACAUAUUUAUUAACUAAUGGAACAAUGUUGCUUUCAUAAAUAAUCAUAAGACCAAUUAGUGGGUUUUCUUUCAUUGUCUUUUGCUUCCUCUGUCUUUAUUUAGUGACGUAGGAAUUAAAAUGUAUGUUCGUUUUCACUGUUGAGUUGAAUAUUUAAGCCUUUCAUGUUAUUUAAUUCUGUAUUAUUUCAUACAUUUGUAUUAAAAUACUGAACAAUUAAAGGUAUCAGUUUUAAA